UCGGUUCAGCCGUUCUCGAGUGUAAGCAAGACUAACGAACAGUAUUUUAUUUUUAUAUGCAUGUAGAUAUGUUCAUGAUUCGUUGAUGCAUGGAUAUUACAUUUUGACAAAAUGAAAUUUUAAACAAAGGACAUUAAAUUCACAACAAAACAAAUGACACGUGUUGAUAAAAAAAAAUAACAAUUAUUGACUGACAGGCGAACAAUACCUUGAGCAUUACUGUUUACAGCCUGUAAAUUUGCCUGAUCUUCUCAUCGUUUUAAUUAUUACGCUAUUUUAGGAACUAAAUAGACAAAAAGAAAUAUUUAUUUCUAACGCCUGCUUAUUUUUUUUAGCACUUCCCGCAGUAUCGCUGGUUAUCACUCGACUUGAUAGCAUAGUGGACAAUUGGCAAUAUCAUUAGGCUGCGUUUCCACCGGAGAUGUGUGAAAAUGCGUAACGACUAACGAGGGAUGGGGUAAAGAACCAAUCAUAUCGCUUUAUGUGCCUCGCCUCUGUCCGCACACCACUUCCCGGUGGAAACGGCUCAGCUGAGCUAGAUUCGGGCUCAUUCAAAACAAGCGAGGAAUAUAUUGGAUCGAGGGUUGUGUGAUGAGUAGGAUGUGUUACGAGGUUUGCGUCAUCCUCACACAUUUCACAGCUCCGACUUCCUUCCAAGGCACAUUUCCCUCGUAGAUUUCAGAUGGGAAACUAAGCCUUAGUAGCUAUGUAUACACACAGAUGGCUGUGGUACCUAUGAGUGCGCAGGCUUUGUAGUGGAAUCAUGUAUUAUGUAAUAAGCUGACGGAAAACGCCUCUGCUAUACGACUGCGCGCGUGUCGUUGAGCCAAACGAACUGUUUCAUUCUGACUUUCUAUUAGUUGCUACACCUGUUUUUUUGGCUGCCAAAAUUACCAGUCGAGAUAUUCCGUUAGUCAAGUUCGGCUCGAGCCGGGCCUCAUUCAAUGAUUUUAUAUUACUUGAACUCAGUAUAAACUAUUGCAAUUGAAAAAGUAUCAGUGUCAAGUACUUUAAACUCCGUUUACAAUAAACUCGUGCAUUCAAUUAAACUUAAUAGCCAGUCGUUUCCCCCACUUAGCUGUGACAAUACCGUGCCGACUGGCUUUUAAUCAACAAAUACAUAUUUGUGGAUUUACACAUUAGACGGAUGUCUCGUCCGACUGUCGUGUUUAGAUAAAUAAACAAUUAUGGGUAAAGUUAACGAAGAUUUAAUAAAGGAGAGAGCUAAGUGCAGUUUCAACGUGGAAGAGCUAACAAACUUUUUGGAUGAAGGACGCGACAAAACUUUGGAAAGGAGAGAAAGAGAAAAGCUUAUUUUAACAAAGAAAGAAGAAAUAUUCGGCGGUCCACCAGAUCAUUAUCUAAGCCAUAAGGAGAAGUAUGAGAACGCGAUACGGAGAGCGGUCGUCCUGUUCAGUUUAAUUAGAAAAUUACAUGCAAAGAACAAUACCGAUUUGACUAAUUACAGAAAUAUUUUGAGCUGUAUUUUCGAUACUUCGAUUUCUCAAGAUGGGUCACCUUUCGGCCUGCAUUACAUCAUGUUUAUGCCAGUAUUCAUGAGUCAGGCUGAUGAGGAGCAGCAGAGGAAAUGGCUCCAGCGAGCUUUAGACUGCAGUAUUAUUGGUAGCUAUGCUCAGACGGAGCUGGGUCACGGCACGUUCAUCCGCGGGCUGGAGACGACGGCGACGUACGAUCCGAGCACCAAGGAGUUCGUGCUCCACAGCCCCACACUCACCGCGUACAAGUGGUGGCCUGGCGCUUUGGGUAACACUGCAAACUACUGCAUCGUGAUGGCUCAGUUGUACACAAAGGGUAAAUGUCAAGGCAUCCACUCGUUUAUAGUCCAAGUGAGGGAUGAAGAAACCCACAUCCCGCUACCAGGGAUCAAAGUGGGAGAGAUGGGAGCCAAGAUGGGACUAAACAUUGUGAACAACGGCUUCCUAGGAUUUGAGCAUGUGAGGAUACCGAGAACUAACAUGUUGAUGAAACAUGCUCAGGUUUUAGAGGACGGUACCUACGUGAAAUCUAAGAACCCGAAGUUGAUUUACGGCACGAUGGUGUUCGUGAGAGUUGUCAUCGUGUUUAACUCCGUGUACAGCCUGGCCAAGGCCACAACUAUUGCUACGCGGUACUCCGCUGUGAGGCGACAGACGCAGAUGAAACCAGGAGAGCCUGAGUUACAAAUCAUAGAUUUUGUUACACAACGAGACAAGGUGUUUUCCGCUAUAGCUGCAUGCUUUGCCAUGAUGAUGAACGCGCGGAGACUGUGGGAGACCUUCUACAUUAUCGAUGGGCAACUACAUAAAGGCAAUUUGGAACGACUAGGCGAGCUGCACGCGCUAGCCUGCUGCCUGAAGGCCGUCAGCACGUCGGACUCGGCGAUGUUCACGGAGCGCUGCCGGCUCGCGUGCGGCGGUAACGGCUACAUGCACUCCUCCAACUUGCCGCUCACCUACGCGCUCACCUCGGCCUCCUGCACCUACGAGGGGGACAACACUGUGCUGCUGUUGCAGACUGCGAGGUUUUUGCUGAAGGUAUGGCGUCAGAUGGAUACAGUUCCCCUGACUCCUACUGUUGCUUACCUCAAGGAUGCUUCCACCCCGGGAUAUUGUGAUAAGUGGAACAACACUGUUGACGGAAUCAUUCGGGGAUACAGGACUGUCGCUAUGAGGAAAAUUUCAUCCUGUGUCGAGAUCAUGACGAAUAAAGUAAUGUCUGGAAUGUCACAAGAAGAUGCGUGGAACACGACGUCAAUAGAAUUAGUUUCUGCAGCUGAGUCUCAUUGCCGCGCGUUAGUAAUAUCAACAUACCAUGAAGACAUGUCCAAGGCUUGUAAGGACAUGUCUCCACCGCUGACAGAAGCGAUGCAGCAUCUCGUCCAGCUGUACGCUGUGUAUUGGACGCUGGAGAAAAUGGCUGACUUCUUACAGUACACACCAAUAUCCCACUCCGAUGUGGCAUUCCUGAGGUCUUGGUACGUGGAGCUGCUGGACAAAGUUAGACCUAACGCCGUUGGACUUGUGGACGCUUUUGAUAUUAUUGAUGAGUUCCUCCAAUCAUCGCUGGGCGCUUACGAUGGCCGCGUGUACGAGCGGCUGAUGGAGGAGGCCCUCAAGAGUCCGCUCAACGCGGAGCCCGUCAACCAGAGCUUCCACAAGUAUCUCAAGCCCUUCAUGCAGGGGAAACUGUGAUUGUAGCUCUUGUACAAAUAACACUCGUAAUGAACAAUUUCGUUUGGAUAACAAACUUGCAACUCUUGUGCUCCUUUGUGAAAAAUCUGUGAUGGGUUUGCUCAAUGUCUAGAAUAAAAAUUAACUUAAAAAAAUAUGUACAAAUAAAUUAUUUAUAAAAACG